AUGGAGCAGAUGCAGCUACAGUCGAUGUCUUGGAUUGAGGUCCAAUUCUUGAGAAAAGCCGUGGACGUCCUUUCGGAGUGCCGUCGAACACUUAUGUAUACUUAUGCAUUUGCUUACUAUCUGAAGAGAGAUAACCACGCCGAAAUCUUCGAAGGGAACCAGAGGGAUCUCGAAAUGGCUACGGAGCAACUCUCACAGUUUCUUGAACGAGAUCUUGAGAAUGAAAAUCUAGUCACUCUUAAGCAAAAGGUACAAGAUAAUUAUCGUUACGUGGAUCAGCGUCGUCUGGUGUUAUUGAAACAUUGUCAGGAGGGCACGGAGAGAGACAUUUGGCAGUACACUCAAUGA